AUGCGACGCACUUUAUCACUUUCGCUGGGCGCCCUGGCCCUGUUGGCAACAGCGGCCGUGAUGGCAGUUCUCAUUGUUCUCACAGUCCACGUCCCCAAGGAAUCAAGCGGUCGAACGCUUUCACAAGUAUCCGUCGCUCUUGAGGCUGUGACCCUUGUCAUCAUUGGGUGGUUCCUCUCUACAUACCCUUCAACCUCGUUCCGCAGCUGGUCAACAAGAUGUCUCGGUGUUGACUUUGGUGCUGCGGUUCUCACUAUUCUCUUUGCUACUGUUUCAACAGUUGCCACACUCAUUCAAUUUAGUAAAUCAACUCUUGAGAAGGAAGAUGAUCUCCUCAACGCCAGCAAGAACACCCUUCUCAUUGGCUUAUCGAUUGCUCUCGGACUCGGCUUCAUGUUCCAGGCUGGUUUCUUGUUUGUUCACUUUUUCCUCACCAGACGAAAUGACCAGCAUGCGUUCUCUCUCCACAGCCUCGAGGAUGGUCGAGGUCUGCCCUCAUACCGAUCCAAGUCAUCUCUUAAGACGCUGCGCUACAGCCAUACCGCCGACCCAUUAACUCUUAAGAGGAACUCAAUGGAUUUCCACACGCCUGCUUCAUCCAUCCGUGGACGUUCCAGGUCCAACACUGCCAGCUCCAUCAAGGCUCAACUCUCCAACGCCAUCCGAUCUGCCACCGUCAGGAGCCACGUCUCCUCAAGCGAGUUCCGCCGACCUAUCACUGCUGAUUCAGUCAACUACCAGUCCAGUGAGGAUGCUUUCGAUACCUGGGAUACUUCUUCCGUCGAUAUACAUGCCCGUGAGGUCGUCAUGGAAGCCACAACUCCUCCUCCAAAGAGUCAACCCCAUUUCCUCGAGACAAUCCCCGGCAGCCCCUCACCAAGCAAGACAUCAAUCCAAGACACCAUCGAAUUGCCUCUUGAGCCUCCAAGAAUUCGCAGGAGAAGUCGCAGCUACAGCCCGGUGUCUAUUCGUCGAGAGCAACUGGCUGACCUUCCUGAGCCUGCACUGGGUGAAUCUAACAUUCACCCUCUGUUCCGAUCCGACUCAGCCACGCCUCCUCCCAUGGCGACGCCUGGCACUGUCGUUGUGGCCUCACCCAACGCUGGUCAGGUCAUUACACACCGCCAGAGUGUGCGCUCCCUGCGCUCUACCUCCGUGUCCGUGCACCCGAGCCCCCUUGGCAGAGAUGAGCGUGAGAGUAUUGCGGAGGAGGAAGAGGAAACUGACUCACUGUCGUCGGCUGAGCGACCCAUCACACCUCCUAUCCCUACAUGGGUGAUGGGCGCCGGCUCUCGAUCAAGUUGGUCAGAUUAUAAUAACCGCAAGUCCAAGUUGGACAAUGAAAGUACACACGAAACAAUCACCAAUAACGUUUAA